AAUACAACAUAAAGAACUGAGCAAUAUUUUUAAAAUGUAAAGGUAAUAAAUUUUAUGAUAGUUUCAGAAGUGUUGCACGAGUAGUGUUAAAAAUAUUUUUUGUGAAGUCUAUUCCUACUCGUCACUUUAGUUUUGUGCUUUUCUAUUUUAAUGCACACAGUUGAGCUGCUGCUCAACCGUGUUUUUUUUCUGCAGUAUCUGUGAGUGCAAGUGAGGCCAGGAGAUGUCAGCAGACUGGUUUCCUGCAGGCCCUCUUAUAUCAGAAAGAUCAGCUCAUGUGAGACUAGUGUGGACAAUGACACGUGGUAAAAUAUGGCCACAGUGAUCAUCUUAUGUGCAAUUAUCAGAUCUGGAUGCAAUUUUUGAGUAGAUACAUUUUAUACAUAUGCACGAUAUGCAUAAUUGCAAAUCACAUGAAGUCUUUGGUUGUAAGCGCAGUUGAAGGCAGAAUAAUUCUGAAGUUGAGUUAAAUGUCAAAUGAUAGUAAUCAGGGGGUGAGAAGUUAUCUAAGUCUAAACCUAUAUCAUCAAGACCCAUGAGGUCCUUAUUUUAUUUGUCUCAUAAAAACUGUGUAAUUGAGCCAAAACCACACAGAUUCACAUUUAAACAGGAGAACUACCCUGAACAUACGUAGCUACACUGAAAAAGGGCCCUGUUUUUGAUAAACAAUUGUUCAUGUUUAUCAGAUUUUUAUUUACCACUUUUGAAAAACAUAUUUUCUUUUCCUUCCUCUUUACAAUUAUGAACUAAUUUGUGUUAGUUUACUGUGUUAUUUUCCCCAUGAGGUGCAGCCAUAGGACAGGCAUGGCGUGUCAUUCAAUCAAGGAUCAAUGAGCAUACAUUCUGGCAGUUGGAGGAUUUUCUAGAAAACUUUCUCCUGUAGGCCGCUGCACAGCGCCCCGCUGCUCAUCAUAUUAUUUCAGCUGUUGUUCUGCACUCACCUUCAGUGUGUGUUCCACUAUGGACCGCGAAAGGGCUGACUGGCACAGGACAAAACGAGAGAGAAAAGCUCACAUGCUGCAGAAUGUCGGAUGACAGGAGUACUAUGCUGCGCAUCCUUGAGGAGCCUCGGAUGAGGGAAGAAGUGGAGAGACUUCGGACCUUCCAGAACUGGCCUGCAGAUGCACCCGUGGCUUCAGGAGACCUGGCUAAGGCGGGCUUCUUCUUCCUGGGUUCUGGGGACAAAGUUCAGUGUUUCUGCUGUGGAGGGGUUUUAAGGUUCUGGGAGCAGGGUGACAGCCCAGCCGUUGAGCAUAAGCGUCAUUUCCCUACUUGCAGCUUCAUACUGGGUCAAACUGUAGGGAAUAUUCCACUGACGGUGGGCUCCUCAGACUCUGUGGAUGGCCAGCUGUUGAGUCAGCUCCAGAGGAUGACUAUGGAUGAUCAGGGAACAGCUGGACAAGCAGUAUACCCCGAGAUGGAGACAGAGGACUCUCGACUUACCACUUUCCACAACUGGCCCACUGAAGCCUCGGUGCAGCCAGAUGUUCUGGCCCAAGCAGGGUUUUUCUACACAGGUCAUGGUGACAAUGUCAAAUGCUUCUUCUGUGAUGGAGGACUGAGGAACUGGGAGCCAGGGGAUGACCCCUGGCAGGAACAUGCCAAGUGGUUUCCAAGAUGUGAGUUUUUAAUCCAGUCACGAGGGCAGGAGUACAUCAGCAACAUUCAGGAUGCUCAUUUCCACCUGGGUGAUACUAUGGGAGGAUCUCAGACUUCCACAGGUAGAGACGUUGGUGAGAGAAAUGAUAUGGUCGGAGGUCUGGGAGCUUCAUCAGCCAUGCUCUCUCCUGUUGUGCAGACUGUGCUGCAGAUGGGGUUUGAAGCCGGAGUGGUGGAGAGUCUGGUCCAGACCAAGUACCUGCUGACAGGCCAGUACUACACCUCAGUGUCUGAGCUGGUUACUGAUGUUCUGCGAGCAGAAGAGGAGGAGAGGCAGGCAGGGCCAAACAGCAGAGAGCAAGAGAGGAGCCUGGGAUCCAGUGCAGGAAACGUGAGGACUGAGACACCCGUCCCAAAGAGAGUAAAGGAUCAAAGUCCUGAGGAGCUGCUCAGGCAGCUGCAGGAAGAGAGAACCUGUAAAGUCUGCAUGGACAAGUUGGUAUCCAUCGUCUUCAUCCCCUGCGGUCACCUGGUGGUCUGUGGCGAUUGUGCCACCAGCCUGCGUCACUGCCCCAUCUGCAGAGCUGUCAUCAGAGGCAGUGUUCGUGCUUUUAUGUCUUAAGGCUGUAGUUAAAAACUGCCACUGCACUGGUGUUCCACAGGUUCCCCUUGAAUUUGCACUGCCUGCAAUCUUCAGUGAAUUUAUAAAAAUAAGGAGUGCUGGUUUUAUAAUGUUAUACAAUAAAAUUUUUAGGUUUAA